AUGUUAUCGCCGGCGAAAUGUGAGUCAGAAGAAACCACCACAGCUCAAUUUGAUCCCCAUUCUUCUUCUUCUUCUAGAUCCGAACCUCAACAUCUCUCUCUCGUUCUCUGGUUACCGAAUCCCUCCCGCGAAGAAGCUCCUCACUCCUCUAGUACGAAGAUUAGUAAGAGUAGAUCCACGAAAGAGAGUAUAGGAGAAGGUAGUGGUGGUAAGUCGCCGAUGCUGAUGCUGACGAACAGUUUUCAGGUUCGGAGGUCGCCGAGAUUUACGCCGGUGAGUGGAGAAAUCGACAAUGUAUGUUCGGUUCCGGUCACCGGAAAGUUUGGGUCGAGGAAGAGAAAGAGUAGUCGUGCUAUCGAUAAGAAGGAAAGCUUAGAAUCUGAGGGAUUAUCAUUCAAAGACAUAGCUGCGAUUGCCAAGAGCUUGGAGAUGGAAACAGUUUCAGAGUCUCAAGAUAAGAACGACAAUGCUGAAGGUAGACCGCAAGUUUCAGCUAAGAAGAAAGUGGACAGUGAUACAUUAUCUCCGAGCAGCACGCGUUCUGACCAGAGUAUCAGCAGCAAUAAACAAAUGAGAAGAUCUCCAAGAUUCACUAAGGGAAUGGAGAAUAAGGGAGAAGAAGAUAUAGGCAAGUCUAAAGAGCAAGUUAAGCCUGUGGCAUCUCGGAACCAAUCCAUAAGAUCUCCAAAGCUAUCUGGAGUUGUUGAGAAUGGCCAUAGAGAAACUUUAAACACGAUAAAAAAUUGUGGCCCGGCAUUAUAUGGUGCAAAAAUGGUGAGAGGAACUGAGAAGCUGGUUCAAAUUAGUGAGAAUGGUAACUGUUGUGAGGCUAUAAAGAAAUGUGAAGUUGGUGAUGGGCUUGUUUCAUCCAAGAAAAAGCUAUCAAAUUUGCCUUCUGGUUGCAUCAAGCCAACUGUAAAUGGUUGUCGGGACAAGUCAUUAGGAAAACUCAGAUCUUCUGACCUAAAGGGUGAUAUUCACUCUGGCUCUUUGGCAAGAAGCGAAUAUGGUCCGAGUAAUGGAUUAACAAUGAAGACCGCGUUAGUGAAACAAGAGUCAAUGGAGUCUUCACUUCAGGGUAAAACUAGUGAUUGUGAUGCUGCGGAUAAGGGAACAACUGAGGAGAUGCAUGCAAAUUCUACUGUGAUCUAUAUCUCUGACACCGAUGAACAGCCGGCCAAGAAGACUAAAAUUUCAGCUAAAUAUUCGUGUAUAAAAAAUUCAAAUGGAGAUAUUUUCGGACAAACUGCAAGUGGAUCUACCCUCUCCUCAGGGGAAAAUGGGAGACUCCCAUCAUUGAAUCAGAAUAAUCCAACUCAAUCAACCAAGGGAAAGGGUGAGCGGGUGACCCGGACUGCGGUCAAUGAGCAGGAAAAACAUAGUGUCUGCUUUUUCAUUGGUGAGCCAAUUCCCUGCGAGGAGGCUCAAGAAAGAUGGCGCUGGAGAUAUGAUCUCAAGGAACGCAAAUCUAGGAUUAGAGGCCAACAGUUAGAAGAUGAUGAAGACAAGAUUGUUGCAAAUGUGGAAUGUCAUUAUUCGCAAGCAAAAGUCGACAAUCAGACCUUUAGCCUUGAAGAUUUUGUUUACAUAAAGGGUGAAGAAGAAGAGAAGUAUGUUGGCAAGAUAGUAGAGUUUUUUAAAUCAACAGAUGGAGAAAGCUACUUCAGAGUUCAGUGGUUUUACAGAGCAACGGAUACAGUAAUGAAACAGCAGGCUACUUAUCAUGACAAAAGGCGUCUCUUCUACUCUACUGUAAUGAAUGACAAUCCAGUAGAUUGUAUUAUUUCUAAAGUUACUGUUUUGCAAGUAUCGCCUAGGGCAGGAUUAAAGCGCAAGUCUAUAAAAUCUGACUACUAUUUUGAUAUGGAGUAUUGCGUGGAGUAUUCAACAUUUCAAACCUUAAGAAAUCUAAAAUCUUCCGAAAACAAGCUCGAGUGUUCUGCCGAUGUUGUACCUACGGAAUCCACUGACUCUCAUUUGGAAGAUAAAAACUUUAGCAAAGAGCUUCCUGUACUUGAUAUUUACAGCGGUUGUGGUGGAAUGUCGACUGGGUUGAGUCUUGGAGCCAAAAUUUCUGGUGUUGAUGUCGUGACGAAAUGGGCUGUUGACAUGAAUAGAGCUGCCUGUGAGAGCUUGAAAUUGAACCAUCCACAGACACAGGUUAGGAAUGAUGCUGCUGGAGACUUUCUCCUACUUUUGAAGGAGUGGGAGAAAUUAUGCAAGCGCUAUGUGUUUAAUAAUAAUAAGACAACUGAUGCAUCAAGAUCCGUAAAUUCGACAAGAGAAACCAGUGAAAGUAGCUCUUCUAGUGAUGAUGAUUCGGAAUCUGAGGAGUACGAAGUUGAAAAGCUGGUUGAUAUAUGUUAUGGUGAUCCUGAUAAGACAGGAAAUAAUGGUCUGAAGUUUAAGGUGCACUGGAAAGGAUACAGCAGCGACGAAGAUACUUGGGAGCCAGCAGAGGAAUUGAGCAAUUGUGAAGAUGCCAUGNGAGAGUUUGUAACUAAUGGAUUCAAGUCCAAGAUCUUGCCUCUUCCUGGAGGUGUUGGUGUGAUAUGUGGGGGACCUCCAUGCCAAGGAGUUAGUGGCUACAACCGCUACAGGAAUGUUGAUUCUCCGUUGAAUGACGAAAGGAAUCAGCAAAUUAUAGUUUUUAUGGACAUAGUGGAGUACUUGAAACCCGCAUUUGUGUUGAUGGAAAAUGUUGUUGAUAUUCUGCGUUUCGAUAAAGGUUCUCUUGGGAGAUACGCUUUGAGCCGUCUUGUGCACAUGAGAUACCAAGCAAGGCUAGGUAUCAUGACAGCUGGUUGCUAUGGUCUUUCCCAAUUUCGGUCCCGAGUUUUCAUGUGGGGAGCUGAUCCAAACAAGAACCUACCUCCGUUUCCGCUUCCAACUCAUAAUGUUAUUGUCAGAUAUGGGUUCCCACUUGAGUUUGAGAGGAAUGUGGUUGCUUAUGCUGAAGGCCAACCCAGAAAACUUGAAAAAGCUCUUGUUCUUAAAGAUGCGAUAUCAGAUCUUCCUCAUGUGUCAAAUGAUGAGAAGCGGGAAAAAAUGACUUAUGACAAUCUCCCAGAGACAGAUUUCCAGAGAUACAUUAGAUCAACCAAACACUCUAUGACAGGCUCUGAAAUUGAUAACUGUACAAAAAGGACGAUGCUACUGCAUGAUCACAGGCCUUUUUAUUUGUUUGACUGUGAUUAUCUCCGAGUUUGUCAAAUCCCAAAGAGGAAGGGAGCUAAUUUCAGGGAUCUUCCAGGGUUAAUCGUCAAAAAUGACAACACAGUCUGCCGUGAUCCAUCAAUGGAACCGAUUCUUCUGCCAUCAGGAAGGCCUUUGGUACCAGAAUACGUCUUUACUUUUCAGCAAGGGAAAUCUAAAAGACCAUUUGCGCGUCUUUGGUGGGACGAAACAGUUCCAACCGUUCUAACAGUCCCAAGCUGCCACAGUCAGGCGUUACUGCAUCCGGAGCAAGAUCGAAUGCUAACCAUAAGAGAAUGCGCACGGCUUCAAGGAUUCCCUGAUUACUUUCAGUUCUGUGGAACAGUUAAAGAAAGGUAUUGUCAGAUUGGAAAUGCAGUGGCGGUUUCAGUUUCUCGUGCUUUGGGUUAUUCUCUUGGUAUGGCUUUUCGCAAUCUAGCCCGCGACGAGCAUCUGAUAAAACUUCCGAAGAAUUUUUCUCAUUCAAGUUACCUUGAGCUUCAAGAAACCAUCCUCAUUAAAGACUUGGAAAAUCAGUAG